UGUGCUUUUCGGCUCCAUUUUUGGCUUCCUCAAGAUCAUCACUGACCCCUCUCUCUCUCGAUCCCUCAUUCUGGGUUUGAUUCGCUUUUAACUCCUUCUUCCUACUUCUGCUAAGUAGAUUCAACAGUGCGAUUGCUUCUUCGCCCCUAAUCCCGAUGCUUGGGGGUCGUCUCUCGGCAGUCGCUAAGGUUUGUCGUACUUUGCCAGAUUCGAAGAGCUGCUAGAUCUUACGGAGAGUUGACGCAAAUGCCAGAUCUGGGUGAAAAGGGAUCGACGGAUUGUUCCGAUGGAGCUUCGAUGGAGGGGAAGAAGAUAUGCGCCGAUUAGCUCCUGCCCUUUUCGUUUCUCGUUUAGGGUUUUUUUGAAUUUUAUUGCUUUGCGGUGAAGUAAUGGUCUUCGGGGAUCUGUGGGUUUUGGUGCAGAGGUGGAAGAACCAUCAUCAUCCGUCUUCGAAGACAAUCAUGGAUUGAUGGUAUUCAGUGUCGAGGUGGAAGAGCCAUCGUCCGUCGUUGAAGACGAUCACGAUCUCCGCGAUGAUCACGCCGUUCCUCAAUUCUCGGCGAUUACUAAAUUCAACUCUCCUCUGGAAGAAAAGAUCAUGAGGAAGGUCAACAUGGAGGGAAAAUGCAUUAAAAAAGUUUCAUCUCAAGACUUGAAUGAUUCUGACACUAGUGAAGCUCCCCUUGAGGUUGAGUUUGUCAAUGUGAUGGAGAAUUUCUCUGUGCAAUGCGUGCGGGAUCAGGAGCAGGAAGAAGAGGUGGGCCGUGAUUGGCCUGAACAAGAUCAAAGUGGAGAUUACGAAGGCGAAGCACAGCAACAACAGAAACGGCGGUUCCUUGAAGCGGAGGGUCUUGGCCUGAGAAAGAGAAGUGUUGAUGUAGAGACUAAUGGGGUUGAUAUUGUUAGGUGUUGAGUUGAAUGUUUUUGUUUGGUGGGAAGCCAACCCCUGGAUGUUGGGAUGUUCUAGUUGGUUAUUCAAAUUGACCAAAUGUAAACCAAAUGUAAAGAUUGAAUUUAAUGUCAAUGGACUUUAUUUUGUCUA